AUGCCCCGUCUUAGCCUGUUGGCCGCUCUCUCUGCGGCUUGUGCCACGGCAUCUGGCCUCGCUCACAGACAAGUCUUUCCGAGCAAUGACACCGCCGCUCCUACAGUCCAGGUAAAGAAUGGCUCGUACUCUGGCGUCUACAGCCAGUCUUACGACCAGGACUUCUUCCUCGGAAUCCCCUACGCUCAGCCUCCCGUGGACAGCCUCCGAUUCCGUGUUCCUCAACCGCUGAACUCGACAUGGAAUGGCACUCGCAAUGCCACGGAAUACUCUCCGCAAUGCUUUGGCUACGGCAGCGACACCUGGGUAUUGGGCAAUUACGUCUCCGAAGACUGCCUCACCAUUAACGUUGUCCGGCCCCACGGCGUCAGCCCCGACGCAAAGCUUCCCGUCGCCGUCUGGAUCCAUGGUGGUGGCCUGACCAACGGCGGCAGCUCCGACCCGCGCUACAACGUCUCCUUUAUCGUCGAGCAAUCCGUCCGCAUGGGUACCCCCUUCAUCGCCGCCAGUAUCAACUACCGCUUGCACGCCUGGGGUUUCCUCUGGAGCGAUGAGAUCAAGGCUGCCGGCGCCGGGAACCUCGGCUUCCGGGACCAGCGUCUCGCCCUGCAGUGGGUCAACGAGAACAUUGCCGCCUUCGGAGGCGACCCGGAGCAGGUAACUCUCUGGAGCGAGAGCGCCGGAUCUCGCAGCGUCGGCACGCAGAUGCUCGCCUACGGCGGUCGGGAUGAUGGGCUUUACCGCGCCGCCAUUCUCCAGAGCGGAACGGGUCUCGAGACGGACUUUGGUGAAGUUGAAACGACCGCCAACGUGUGGCAAGAUUACUACGACACCCUCGUCAACAAGACGAACUGCACUUCUGCUGAGGAUACCCUGAACUGCCUCCGCGGUCUGCCGGCAUGGGACCUGAGCGACAUCAUCAACGGCACAUCGAGCCCGUCUUUCAACGGCAUGGCGGACGGCGACUUUCUCACGGCGCCGCGCUCGGAGCUCAUCAACGCGGGCAAAUUCGUCCACGUACCGAUCCUCAUCGGCGCUAACUUUGACGAAGGCACGCAGUUCAGCCAGAAGGGCAUCAACACCACCGAGCAAUGGAGGUCCUUCCUCCAGACACAGGGUGCCAACAACGUCACGAUCGAGGUUCUCUCAGCGCUGUACCCUGACAUUCCCCGUGUCGGCCUGCCCGCGACCCUCGAAGGCCGUCCGACAGGCGCCGAUGCCUCUCUGGGCUCCAUGUACAAGCGCGCCGUUGCGUUCGGCGGUGACCGCGCCCAGCACGGCCCGCGAAGGUACUGGGCGCGCAAGUGGGCCGAGGCGAACCAGACGGUUUACUCGUACCACUUCAACGUGCUCGUCAACGGCUUGACGCCCGCCGACGGCGCGAAACACUUCCAGGAGGUGGUUUUCGUGUUCGACAACACCGACGCCGUGGGCUACAAGACGGCCGUCGCGGAGGAUCCCUUCGAGGGCAAGCCCGAGACGUUCAAGACGCUGGCCGACAUGAUGUCGCGGAUGUGGGUUUCCUUCAUCACAAAGGGAGACCCCAACUACAACGGCGCGACCAACGUCACCUGGCCAAAGUACGACGUCGACAACCCGCAGAACAUGGCCUUUGACGUCAACGUCUCUUCCAUUGCUUACGUUGAGCCGGAUACGUACCGCACUGAGCAGAUUGAGUACUUGAUCCAAAAGUUGUGGACGUGA